UGAGAGGCGGGCUAUGGUAAUGAGCUGCUCGGCGGUUGGCUGAGCCCCGGCACAUGAAGUAGUGGCUGGCCGCCGGUGAGUCAGACAGAAGCCGGGACACAAAGAGAAGUACAGUACCGCGGAGACUGAUCUGUGGCCGGGAUCACUGCACGGAGCAUCGCCUGCACUAUGACACUGGAGGAGCUGACUGGGGAGCAGAGCAUGGGAAAGAUGGAGAGUGUGGGCACCGCGCUGGAGGAGGUGCUGAGUAAGGCCAAGCUACAGAGGACCAUCACCAUCGGGGUGUACGAGGCGGCCAAACUGCUCAACGUGGACCCAGACAAUGUGGUGCUCUGCCUGCUGGCCACUGAUGAGACCGAAGAUCAGGAUGUUGCUUUACAGAUCCACUUCACCCUGAUCCAGGCGUUCUGCUGCGAGAAUGACAUCAACAUCCUGAGAAUCAGCAACAUGAGCCGGCUGGAGGAGAUUGUGGGCGGCUCGGACAAGCCCGGGGAACCUGCUGAUCUGCAUUGUAUUCUAAUCAACAACCCACACGCGGCGCAGCUGAAAGAUCCCGCCAUCAACCAAGUGAUCGGUUUUUGCAAAGAGAGCCGUUACUUGGAUCAGUGGGUGCCGGUGAUUAAUCUUCCCGAGCGGUGAUCUCCCUCUGGGGGGUCUCCUAGGACACUUCUUUGUUUUAAAAAUAAUUUUAAAAUAAAAAAAAUAUUGGGCAGAUACGCCACCACUUCGUUUCCGGAGCGCGCACCCACUUUGCGAGCAAGGAUUACAAAAUGUACAAACAUUUAAAACGAACGAGUGGACAAAACUGGUUGGCUGCGUUUGUUGUGCGUAGGAGUAAGGUACGAGCGGGCUUGGGACCCUGGAGUAUUGGCCAAGACCAACAGCCGUAUGUUAUGGAACCAAAAAAAGUAUUCGGGGAAAGGCGCCAUUGUGACAUCAGGAGGGAGGUCGUCGGGAAGAUCUAGAACAAAACACAAAAGACUUCUAUGUCUGGCAAAAAAAAUGCAUCUUCUUUAUUUUAAUAAGAUAUUUAAAGAAACUGUUUCUGCUUAAUGUUAUCAAUUUGCAAAGUUAAUUUAUUUCUUUUUAAAUAUAUUUAUGCAACUUUGUUACCUAUUUUAAGAAUUCCAUGAACUGGUACUUGAAGCGUUUUUCAUAAAGAGCGGAUGAGACAACUGAAACGUUAACUCUUGUUCUUCAUUGGACGGUUUUCAAUAAAAUAUUUGAAAUUGCUUCAA